AUGGCUUCUGAAUCUGAAACCCUGAAUCCCAGCGCUCGGAUAAUGACCUUUUACCCGACUAUGGAGGAGUUCCGGAACUUCAGUCGAUACAUUGCCUACAUCGAAUCCCAAGGAGCUCAUCGGGCUGGGCUGGCCAAGGUUGUUCCUCCCAAGGAGUGGAAGCCUCGAGCGUCCUAUGAUGACAUUGAUGAGCUGGUCAUUCCGGCUCCCAUCCAGCAGCUGGUGACCGGGCAGUCUGGGCUCUUCACUCAGUACAACAUUCAGAAGAAAGCCAUGACUGUUCGAGAGUUCCGCAAGAUAGCCAAUAGUGAUAAGUACUGUACCCCACGCUAUAGUGAGUUUGAAGAGCUUGAACGGAAAUACUGGAAAAAUCUUACUUUCAAUCCGCCAAUCUAUGGCGCAGACGUGAAUGGCACUCUCUAUGAAAAGCAUGUUGAUGAGUGGAAUAUUGGCCGGCUGAAAACCAUCCUGGACUUGGUGGAAAAGGAGAGUGGGAUCACCAUCGAGGGUGUGAACACCCCGUACCUGUACUUUGGCAUGUGGAAGACAUCCUUUGCCUGGCACACUGAAGAUAUGGACCUAUACAGCAUCAAUUACCUGCACUUCGGAGAACCCAAGUCCUGGUACUCUGUUCCCCCUGAGCACGGGAAGCGGUUGGAGCGCCUCGCCAAAGGCUUUUUCCCAGGAAGUGCUCAAAGCUGUGAGGCUUUUCUCCGCCAUAAGAUGACCUUGAUUUCCCCUUUAAUGCUGAAGAAAUACGGAAUUCCCUUUGACAAGGUCACUCAGGAAGCUGGAGAGUUCAUGAUCACAUUUCCUUAUGGCUACCACGCCGGCUUCAACCACGGCUUCAACUGUGCAGAGUCUACCAAUUUUGCUACGCGGCGGUGGAUUGAGUAUGGCAAACAGGCAGUGCUGUGCUCCUGUAGGAAGGAUAUGGUGAAGAUCUCCAUGGACGUGUUUGUGAGGAAGUUCCAGCCAGAAAGGUACAAACUUUGGAAAGCUGGGAAGGACAGCACAGUUAUCGACCACACGCUGCCCACGCCAGAAGCCGCUGAGUUUCUUAAGGAGAGUGAACUGCCUCCAAGGGCCGCGAGUGAGGAGGAGUGCCCAGAGGAGGACAUGGAGGGAGUCGAGGACGGCGAGGACGGCCACCUGAAGAGAAGCCUCGCCAAGCACCGCAUAGGGACAAAGAGGCACCGAGUUUGUCUCGAAAUUCCGCAGGAGGUCAGUCAGAGCGAGCUCUUCCCCAAGGAGGAGCUGAGUUCCGGCCAGUACGACCUGACGGCGUGCCAGGCCGCGCUCGCCCCCGUGAGGCCCACCCACAGCUCCGUGCGGCAGGUCGAGGAUGGCCUCCCCUUCCCAGAUUAUUCUGACUCGACUGAAGUCAAAUUUGAAGAGCUGAAAAACGUCAAACUCGAAGAGGAGGAGGAGGAGGAGGAGGCGGAGGAAGAGGAGGAGGAAGCAGCUGCUGCCUUGGAUCUUUCUGUGAAUCCUGCCUCUAUAGGGGGACGCCUUGUCUUCUCAGCCUCCAAAAAGAAAUCAUCUUCCAGCCUGGGCUCCAGUUCAUCACAGGAUUCUGUUUCUUCCGAUUCAGAAACCAGUGAGCCCCUGUCCUGCCCAGGCCCAGGGCAGACGGGAGUCCUCACCGUGCACAGCUAUGCCAGAGGGGACGGCAGGGUCGCUGCGGGAGAGCCGUGCACGCGGAAGAAAAGGAGCGCCAGCAGGAGUAUCAGCGAGCGGGAGCUGGCGGAGGUUGCGAAUGAAUACAUGUUUUCCCUGGAGGAGAAUAAGAAGUCCAAAGGCCGGCGUCAGCCCUUGAGCAAGCUCCCCCGCCACCAUCCGCUUGUGUUGCAGGAUUGCGGCAGUGAUGAUGAGGCAUCUGAGCAGCUGACCCCCGAGGAGGAGGCUGAGGAGACCGAGGCCUGGGCUAAGCCCCUGAGCCAACUAUGGCAGAACCGACCCCCGAACUUCGAGGCCGAAAAGGAAUUCAAUGAGACCAUGGCCCAGCAGGCCCCUCACUGCUCUGUCUGUAUGAUCUUUCAGACUUACCAUCAGGUUGAGUUUGGAGGCCUCAGUCAGAACUGUGCAGAUGCUCCAGAUUUAGCCCCCCAGAAGCAGAGGACCAAGCCAUUGAUUCCAGAAAUGUGCUUCACCACCACUGGCUGUAGCACGGACAUCAACCUUUCCACCCCUUACCUCGAGGAGGAUGGCACCAGCAUGCUCGUUUCCUGCAAGAAGUGCAGUGUCCGGGUCCACGCCAGUUGCUAUGGCGUCCCCCCUGCCAAGGCUUCUGAAGACUGGAUGUGUUCUCGAUGUUCAGCCAACGCCCUGGAGGAGGACUGCUGUUUAUGCUCAUUACGAGGAGGAGCCCUGCAGAGAGCCAACGACGACAGGUGGGUCCAUGUCUCCUGUGCUGUGGCAAUUCUGGAAGCGAGGUUUGUCAACAUCGCAGAAAGAAGUCCCGUGGACGUGAGCAAAAUUCCCCUGCCACGCUUCAAGCUGAAAUGCGUCUUCUGUAAGAAGCGGAGGAAAAGAACUGCCGGCUGCUGUGUGCAGUGUUCUCACGGCCGCUGCCCAACUGCCUUCCACGUGAGCUGUGCCCAGGCUGCAGGAGUGAUGAUGCAGCCGGAUGACUGGCCUUUUGUCGUCUUCAUUACCUGCUUUCGGCACAGGAUUCCUAAUUUGGAGCGUGCCAAGGGGGCCUUGCAGAGCAUCACCGCAGGCCAGAAGGUCAUUAGCAAGCACAAGAACGGCCGCUUCUACCAGUGUGAGGUGGUCAGGCUCACCACCGAGACCUUCUAUGAAGUCAACUUUGAUGAUGGCUCCUUCAGCGACAAUCUCUAUCCUGAGGACAUAGUGAGUCAGGAUUGUCUCCAGUUGGGUCCUCCUGCUGAAGGGGAAGUGGUUCAAGUGCGGUGGACAGAUGGCCAAGUCUAUGGAGCCAAGUUCGUGGCCUCCCACCCCAUCCAGAUGUACCAGGUGGAGUUUGAGGACGGCUCACAGCUUGUGGUUAAGAGAGAUGAUGUAUACACGCUGGACGAAGAGCUUCCCAAGAGAGUCAAGUCUAGACUGUCAGUAGCCUCAGACAUGCGCUUCAACGAGAUUUUCACAGAGAAGGAGGUUAAACAGGAAAAGAAACGGCAGCGAGUUAUCAACUCAAGAUACCGGGAAGAUUACAUUGAGCCUGCACUCUACCGGGCCAUCAUGGAGUAGGUGCUUCCAGGAGCCAAGAGAUUCCCAGCCACCAAGGCGAGAACACUCUGGAGGCUCCACAGCACAGCAGACCCUUCGAACUCUGAAGUCUCUAAAAUGAAGUUGUAAAAUGCAAAGGAAUGAAAUAACCAACCCCAUCGUCUUCUCACCCCACCCUCAUCGCAUUCACCUCUAGUGAAAGGAUAAGCCGUUCUUGGACUUGUGGCAACAGCCGCUGAGCUCCCACCGAGGGGCUGAGCACAGGAAUGCUGUGGCCGCAUGGUCUCUAAUGGGGUCGACUCUGCUAGCUGGACUGGUUGCCCUGUUCUCGGCCUAGAACUUAGUUUCCUAAUGAUCACCUGCACCAACUAGGAAGAGGUGCUGGUGCUUGCUCCCUCCCUUCCCCCUUUUGUAUUUAUGUGUGUGUGUGUGUGUGUGUGUGUGUGUGUGUGUGUGUGUGUGUGUUUGGUCUGGACCAGCUUUUGCCAGCCCCUGGCCUUUACUUCCUUCCUUUGCCUAUCCAGGGCAAACAAAAUGUGAAAUUCUGCCCUCAGCUGAGCUGAAUAAGGGCCCCUGGGGUUGGCUGGAGAUGGGUGUGGCGUCUGUCCCUUGAACUGCCUCAAGGGAAUGCUGGCAGAGCUGCAGUGUUGCGAUACUAAGGAGCUAAGGCCACCUCUUCUGUCCCCUCUUGAAGAAGAGAGGGGUCACAUGGGUGUGUGCCCACAUCUCUCUAGACACAGAGCCCCUGUGGCACAGUAUUAGAGGGUGUGGGUGGGGAAUACCAUGCAGGAGGAUCUUAAUGAUGGAAGCAGGCAGAGCCUGGUGGUGAUUCGACAGAAAAUUGCAAUCAGUGUGGGAGCUGGGAGGGUUAAGAUGAAUUGGGGCCACUGGUGGCCAGGGGCAGGUUUGCCCCUGGUCUGGGGAUGGGAGGGAGUGGAUAUGGGGGGGUGAGGGUGGGGCUGGGGGGCAACACUGAAGGGGCCCACUGAUUUUGCUCCUCAUGAAUUUGUUUGCCUGGGCCCAGGAUUGGAGGUCUUCACACCUGUACCCUGUGUAUACAAGAAUCAAAUUUAUAAUAUUUCCCUGGUUUUUGUUACUUAUGAACGCUAUAAACCAAAUUAUUUUGAAAACUG